AUGGCUGGCAAACCUGGAGGUGCAUUGAAGAAAUCCAAACCAGCCAAAGCUGGUCUGCAGUUCUCCACGGGUCUCAUCUGCAGGCUCCUUAAAAGAGGGAACUAUGCUGACAGGAUUGGUACCUCACAGCUCUUAUCCUGUGUGACCAUUGCUCGAGGUGGGGUUAUGCCAAAUACUCUUUCCCAGCUCCUCCCCAAGAAAACUUCCAGAGAUCCUGUUCCUUCUCAGGAAAAAGGGGUUGAAUCAGUGCUCACCCAGGUGGCUGUAAGCAAUGCAAGGAUUGGUAAAGAUACGGCUACCACUGUGGAGUUUAAAAGGGGACAGCUUUUGGUGGAAGGUGUGGUUUGGGAUAGUGGUAUUGCUGGGAAAGAAGACUUAUUGGUACUGUUCAUCACCAGAGACUUUAAGACCACAAAAUCCCACCCGGGGCCAAGGGAAUCCAAAUCAGACAAAGCUGAUCUGCACUUCCCUGUGGGUCGCAUCCACAGGUACCUUAAAAGAGGGAACUAUGCUGACAGGAUUGGUACCGGUGCUGCUGUCUACCUGGCUGCCGUACUGGAGUACCUGAGUGCUGAGAUCCUGGAGCUGGCAGGGAAAGCUGCACAGGAAAACAAGAAAACCAGAAUCCUGCCCAGACACAUCCAGCUGGCUGUGAGAAACGAUAAUGAGCUGAACAAGCUCUUGUGUUGUGUGACCAUUGCUCAAGGAGGGGUGAUACCUACUAUUCUUCCUGAACGUAUUUCCAAGAUGCCUGCUCCGGUUAAACCCCCCCACCAUCAUGCCUAG